GCAGGCGACAAAAUUCGCGUCUUCGGCUUCUCUCGCGGCGCAUACACCGCGCGUGCGCUCGCCGGCAUGAUCCACACGGCCGGCCUGCUUCCGAUGUACAGCCACCAGGAGAUACCAUUCGCGUACAGGAUGUACACGCGCACGACGCCACUCGGCUGGGCACAGAGCACGCCGUUCAAGAAAGCCCUCUCGAUGGACGUAGACAUCGAGUUCAUCGGUCUCUGGGACACAGUGUGUUCCGCUGGCCUGUUCUCGCGCCGGCUGCUGUUCAUGGCGAGCGGCGCGGCCAUGGAGACGUUCAGGCGCGCUGUCAGCCUUGGCGAGCGGCGCGCCAAGUGUAAGCUGGAUUUGUUUAAUUGA